UAUCGAGCCAGGCGGCUGGUUUGCCCGUCAACAGACGGUGCGGCACCGUCAGUUUCUUCCAUCGCGCCCGAAAGCGUCCGGCACCGUCCGGAGCGUGAUUUUACACGCGUGAAACUUCCGCCUGCUUCUAGCUGUUACCUGUCCGUUUUUUCUCGCGAAUUUCGAAGCGCGCGCGCGCGUGUCCGACUGAUGUGUGUGCGAGGCAUCGCUGGAGGAUGAGAUCGUCAGCCAGACCAGUACUGUUUUCGUCGUACGACGGAUAACUACGCGCAGGCAGAGAGGACCGAUCGAGCGGUGCAGCCGCAAGUUAAAAUGAGCAAGUCAACCCGGAAAAGACGCUCUUAACAUUAAGCGGAAAGUGCUGUAUCUAGGCUGACUUUGCCGGAAGUCGGUGGAACGCCGCAGAGAUGACGAAGAGAUUCGAGUUCAACUGGCAGAUCGAGGUGCCGGAAGCACUCCGCACCGGCUGCAUCUUCGAUCGUUGGACGGAGGAGAAGGAUAACACUGAAAUCGAGCUGAAUUGCCUGUUUAAGGUCGACGAGUACGGUUUCUUCAUCUAUUGGCAAAGCGAGGGAAAGGAUGGCGAUGUUAUAGAGUUGUGUCAAGUAAGCGACAUCAGAGCCGGAGGCGUUCCCAAGGAUCCAAAGUUAUUUGACAAGCUACUCAGCAAACACGGCGAACAGUUGGAUGAGAAAAGUUUAACCAUCUGUUCCGGUGUCGAUUAUACUAAUAUCAAUUAUCAGCAUGUCGUGUGCCCGGAUCCUGCUACAGCCAAGGUAUGGCUGGACGGUGUUCGAUCGAUUACGCAUAACGUAAAAGCAAAUAACGUUUGCCCGCUUACAUGUCUGAAGAAACACUGGAUGCGACUCAGAAUGCUGAUGGAUCCUAAUGGCAAGGUUCCAGUAAAGGUGGUCGCGAGAACUUUCGCGUCCGGCAAGACGGAAAAGCUCGUUUACCAGUGUCUCUCCGAGUUAGGCCUACCUAGCGGAAAGAACGACGUGAUAGAACCUGAUGACUUCACCUUUGACGCAUUCUACGCGCUUUAUCAUAAAAUAUGCCCGAGAAACGAUAUAGAAGAAUUGUUUCAAUCUAUAACGCAGGGUAAGGCCGAUACGAUUAAUUUGGAGCAACUGAUUACUUUUCUCAACGAGAAGCAAAGAGAUCCGACCCUGAACGAAAUUCUCUAUCCACUUUACGAUGAGAAACGGGCGUUGGAGAUCAUCAAUGAUUACGAGCAGAACGAAGUUGUGCGGAACGAAAAAACGAUGACGAAGGAUGGCUUCAUAAGGUACCUGAUGUCCGACGAGAACGCGCCAGUUUUUCUCGACAGACUGGACGUUUAUAUGGAUAUGGACCAGUCUUUGGCGCACUACUACAUCAAUUCGAGCCACAACACAUACCUGAGCGGACGGCAAUUUGGCGGGAAGAGCAGUGUUGAAAUGUAUAGACAAGUUCUACUCGCCGGAUGCAGAUGCGUCGAAUUGGAUUGUUGGGACGGCAAAGGGGAGGACGAGGAACCAAUAAUCACUCACGGCAAAGCCAUGUGCACCGACAUCCUAUUCAAGGAGGUUAUAUACGCGGUCAGAGACACGGCCUUCGUUACAUCGGAAUAUCCGGUGAUACUCAGCUUUGAAAAUCAUUGUAGCAAGAAGCAGCAAUACAAGCUGGCCAAGUACUGUGAUGAAAUUCUGGGUGAUUUAUUGUUGAAAGAACCGCUGAAGGAUUAUCCCUUGGAGCCGGGCGUACCGCUGCCGCCGCCCAGUAUGCUGAAACGCAAGAUUCUCAUUAAAAAUAAGCGCCUAAAGUCCGAAGUCGAAAAGCAAGAGCUCGAACUCUUUAUGCAAGGUCAAUUCGUGAUCGAGGACGAGGUCAAAGAAGACGCGAGCGCGCCGCCGGCCGUCACCGCCGUCGUGGAACCGGUAAAGGAAGAGAUAUCCGAAUCAUCAGUGACAGUGUCGAGCAUUCAACAGCAGCAGUCUGGCAGCGGUCCAAGUCUCGGUGAAAGCAUUGAGCUAGUAGCGGCUCAACCUUAUACCGGAAGUACCACGAAUGUACAUCCGUGGCUGUCAUCUAUGGUCAACUAUGCACAACCCAUCAAGUUCGCUGGUUUCGAUGUUGCCGAACAAAAGAACUUUCAUCACAAUAUGUCUUCCUUCGCGGAAACUGCUGGUUUAAACUAUUUGAAAACAUCGGCCAUCGAGUUCGUAAAUUACAACAAGCGGCAGAUGAGCCGUAUUUAUCCGAAAGGCACGCGAGCCGACUCUUCCAAUUAUAUGCCGCAGGUCUUCUGGAACGCUGGCUGCCAAAUGGUGUCGCUGAACUUCCAGACCGCGGAUCUGCCCAUGCAACUGAAUCAAGGCAAGUUCGAGUACAACGGCUCUUCGGGCUAUUUGUUGAAGCCGGAUUUCAUGAGACGCGCCGAUAGGAGCUUCGAUCCUUUCGCGGAGAGCCCCGUGGACGGAGUGAUCGCGACACAAUGCAGUGUUCAGGUAAUAGCGGGUCAAUUCUUAUCCGACAAGAAAGUCGGGACAUACGUGGAGGUUGAAAUGUACGGCCUACCGACCGACACGAUACGUAAGGAAUUUCGCACAAGAGUGGUCCCCGCCAACGGACUGAAUCCCGUGUACAAUGAAGAGCCCUUUCUCUUCAGAAAAGUCGUCCUCCCAGAUUUGGCCGCUUUGCGAUUCGCCGUAUACGACGAGUCGAACAACAUUGCGUUGCGAACCGAAGCCAAUUUUCCUAUGUCUCUGCCUAUGCUAUUUUGCAAUAUUGAGAUUAAAAUCUACGUGCCAGAUGGGUUUGAAGAACUUAUGGACGCUUUAACGGCGCCACGAGCAUUCAGAAAAACGGAAAGUAUGUCGCAAAAUAAAAUGCGAGGCUUGGGAAUCGAAGAGAAUGACAGCAAAAAUAAUAUGGACAACAAGAACAACAUAGCAUCUCAUCAUCACGAACCGGCUAAACCACGAGAGGAAAUGAAAUUCGAUCCAAUCACGCUGGAAACUUUGAGACUAGAAAAGGGUUACCAAAAAGUAUUACGGAAACAGCAGAAGGAACUGGAAUCUUUGAAAAAGAGGCAUCACAAGGAGAAAGUGACUGUCCAGAAGCAACAUUGCGUUGCUAUAGAGAAGAUUUUCAAAGGGAAAAACAAAGCGGAACUUUCGAGGGACCCUAUCGUUCGGCGCGCCGUUUCCGAGCAGACCGCUCAGUGGUCGCGUCUUGCUGACAGGCAGCGGCGUGAGGAACGCGAUCUGGUCCGUGGACAUCUGGAAGAGCGACGAGCGCAGCUAUGCAAAUUAUGCAUGACCGCGCAAUCGGCACAGCAGAAGCAACAGACCGCGCGCCACGACCGUGAAAUGAAGGAUAUGACUGCGCGGCAAGCGAGGCUGUCGGUGGAGAGCGCGAGGGAGGUGAUGAAUGAUAAGACUCUGAAAACGCGUGGGAUCAAGGAGGGCAGGCUCAGGGAGAAGCAGCAAAAUAACACGAAGAAGUUCAUGGAGGAGCGCAAGAUCGCGCAAAUGAUACAAAACAGGGAGAAGGAGAAGCUUAAAGUGAUCCACGAGAAACAACUAGAGGAGCUACAGAAGGAUAUGAACGCGAUCGUGGAUAUGUACAAGAACGAAGACAUGGAUUACGAGUUGGCUUGUAAGAUGUUGGCUGAAUUUUACGUGUGAUGAGUGCCAUGCCGAGUAUUUCUCCGCAAUUCUCCUCCGUAGCGGGGACGCGCUGGGAGUGAGGACUGUGUUUUUAGACAAUUUACUAUUAUCAUUAAUUAUACUUGAAAUUGGGAUCAAACUUCGUUAGCUACCGUUCUCGCAUUCGCCGGCCGAAUCGUCGCGCGUUACGAGAAGCUAGGAACGAACGAGUAAUUACAGUAACGUUUCUAAUUCAAUUCAACCGAGUAUUUUUUUAUAUAAACACAGAUAUGUCUCACGUAGUCUCCAAGUACCUAGACUAAUGAGAGUCAAUAAAAAAAA